AUGUGCACAACAACAAGAACAACAACAACUGUGGCAUCCGGCUCCAUCUCCGCCUCCGUCUCCUGCUCUGCCAGCGGCGAUGCAUCAAGUGACCUCAUCGGAGAUCCAAGUCCUGGCAAGAGGAGAAGGAGCAACCGCUCCUGGCACCAAGGACAACGCUUAAACUUGCGCAUAUUUAAACUUUUGAUUAGCUGCUGCGUUUUAAUGCUUAGCAUUUACACAAAUGCCUGGCACUUGUCCAUCAGUCCCGGUUCAGGAUCUGGUUGGGUCAUGGCCGGCAGUAUCAAGGGACGCGGCGAUGCCCAUCGCCUGGAUGAAAUGGGCUCCCUGUCGCACACAUCCUCGUCGACAGUCACAGGGCUAUCGUCAGCUUGGCUCACGCAGAGCAAUAAUCAUGCAAAUAUAUCCGAAUUGCUGGAUAAUCUACUACGUGGCUAUGACAAUAGCAUAAGACCGGAUUUUGGGGGUCCGCCAGCCACUGUGGAAGUCGAUAUAAUGGUUCGAAGCAUGGGACCCAUAUCAGAGGUAGAUAUGACCUACUCAAUGGACUGUUAUUUUCGUCAAUCCUGGGUGGAUAAACGUCUCGCCUUCGAGGGUGCCCAGGACACGCUGGCCCUGAGCGUCUCGAUGCUGGCAAGGAUUUGGAAACCGGAUACGUACUUUUACAAUGGCAAGCAGAGCUAUUUACACACGAUUACCACGCCAAAUAAGUUUGUGCGGAUCUAUCAGAAUGGACGCGUGCUAUAUUCCAGUCGUCUGACAAUUAAAGCCGGCUGCCCCAUGAAUCUGGCCGAUUUUCCCAUGGACAUACAAAAGUGUCCCCUGAAGUUCGGUUCAUUUGGCUACACCACGUCCGAUGUCAUCUAUCGCUGGAACAAAGAACGACCCGCCGUUGCCAUAGCCGAGGACAUGAAGCUGUCGCAAUUCGAUUUGGUCGAUUGUCCGGCUGGCAAUUUGACGGACAUUGUGUACAAGGCGGCAGCACCGACACCACAGCGUCGUCCGUAUAAUAACAAGGAUCUGCCUUAUGUCGGGGGUCGUCCCAGGCCCACCAGCAAAGUGCUGACCACUUUUGCCGGUCCGGCGGCCAAGAAUCAGCAUGUCCGUGGCACGGGCCUAAAGCUGGACAAAGGUGCUUUUGGCACCGGACGGGAUUCGGCCGGUGGAGCAGUAUCCACCACGAAUCUAGCUGGCAGCAUUACCCUGGAGACCAAUCAUCCAUCGGAAUACUCCAUGCUGAUGGUGAACUUUCACCUGCAGCGUCACAUGGGCAAUUUCCUUAUCCAGGUAUACGGUCCCUGCUGCCUGCUGGUUGUCCUCAGUUGGGUCUCCUUCUGGCUGAACCGGGAAGCCACUGCAGACCGCGUUUCCCUGGGCAUCACCACUGUGCUGACGAUGACCUUCCUCGGCCUGGAAGCACGCACUGAUCUGCCCAAGGUCUCCUAUCCCACGGCCCUGGACUUCUUUGUGUUCCUCUCGUUUGCCUUCAUCUUCGCCACCAUCCUACAGUUUGCCGUGGUGCAUUACUUCACCAAGUAUGGCUCUGGGGAGUGCUACUUCAUCAUUGAGGAGCUAGACUCGGAGUCGGGGGAGUCGGAGACUGAGCAGCAGUCCUCGGACUUUCGGGACAGCACCGAGUCCAAGAUCUACGAGGUUAUACCUCUGUCCAUGUGUGCCAUCAGCAUGCCCCCGCCUCACUCGGCUGGAGGCAGUCGCCUGGGCAUGCUCACCUCCAGGAAUCGAGCGCCCCGCAAUCGUCGCCAUGGCCUGUGGUCCUUGAAGCUGCUCAGCUUCUUUGACUGGCGGCGUAGAAAAGGAAGGCCUUCCCAUGUGGGUUACUCAUCGGAUGAGGAGGAGGACAACGAGCAGACGCAACUACGAGCCCACGAAGCUCCAAGCACAUCCGCUGCGGCGGCGGCGGCUGCAGCUGCUCAGGCCAGUCCCCCGCAUGUGGGCCGGCGAAGGAUGUCCUAUUAUCGCCGCGAGGAGAUGGAGGCCCGGCGAAAGGGAAAACGCACUCCACAGUACAAUUCCGUGUCGAAGAUUGACCGCGCCUCGCGGAUUGUCUUCCCGCUGCUGUUCUUCCUGAUCAACGUGUUCUACUGGUACGGCUACCUGUCGCGGAGCUCACGAAUCCUGGCCAGCACGCCGGACGCGAGCACCUGA